CGUCCUCUUGGAAAACCCUAUAAUCCUCCCACCCCAAAAACCUACGCCAGGACCCUCCCCUGCGCCGCCGCCUCUCCCACUCCUCCAACCUCGCCGGCCGCCAAGAUGAACAAGGAGAGGCUGAUGAAGAUGGCGGGCGCCGUCCGCACUGGAGGGAAGGGCACCGUGCGCAGGAAGAAGAAGGCCGUCCACAAGACGGGAACCACCGAUGACAAGAGGCUGCAGAGCACGCUCAAGAGAGUAGGGGUCAGCACCAUCCCAGCUAUUGAGGAGGUCAACAUCUUCAAGGAUGAUCUCGUCAUCCAGUUCGUCAAUCCUAAAGUGCAAGCCUCCAUUGCCGCAAACACAUGGGUGGUCAGUGGCUCCCCGCAGACCAAGAAGCUUCAAGAUGUUCUUCCCGGGAUCAUUAACCAAUUGGGUCCUGACAACAUGGAGCACCUCAAGAGGAUUGCUGAAGAGAUGCAGAAGCAGGUAGCUGCUGCAGGAGCCAACGCUCAGGCAAAGGAAGAGAAUGAUGAUGAUGAUGUUCCAGAACUUGUUCCUGGAGAGAAUUUCGAAGAGGUAGCUCAGGAGACAAAAGCCUGAUCAUAGACACCGCAAGUAGUGAAUGUUACUUGACCGCCGUUCCGAGGUCAUGAUUUUCUAUGACGGCCCUGUUUUGGUUCUCCAUUUCUCCUCGUAGGCCAACUCUUUGUAUUUGCAACUGGAAACUUUUAGUUUCUCCAAGUUUUUACCUAAGUUAUGAUUGUUGAGAUGCCAUGGAGUCCGUUUUACCUUGUUUUGAUGAUCCCAUUUCUGGUUGGCUUAGAAUAUACGUAGCAUCGGGGUUUGCAGAUAUCCUACUCUUACAUUUAUUCUUGUGUUUUUCUGGAGCUCCUGUUGUGGUACAGUGUGUUUACUUCGUAAUGAAAAAUAAUGAGGUGUUGUAUCUGCU